UCAUUUUUGUCCCCAUCGUAUAAAAAAUUCAGAUAUUUUGUUGCUCACUUUUGAUUCCCUAAACUAUUCAGACUUUCUUCUUCAAUUAUUCUAUUCAUCUUUCUCAUGGCAGCUCUCUCUACCUUCUACCACCCACUCUGCACACACCACAACCACCGUACAACGAGACAAGCCUCUAGCAGACACAGCGUCAGAUCUUUGACUGUGAUGUCUUGUCGGAACCAGAAAUUACCGGAAGAGAGCCAAGGAGUGAUCCAGAGAACAGUGACAAGGUUGAUUUCAGAUGCUGAGAAGUUUGGGAAGAAUCUGAAGCCAGAGAAGAAAGGAGAUAUGAAGGAUCUGAUGCUUAUGAGUCUCUCUUUUGCAGUUUAUGUUUAUAUCUCUCAGCUAAUGGUCUGUGCUUACUUUGCCUGGACCCAUGUCAGCCUCCCCAAUCCCUCAUGGUAGUUUUACACAAGAUAGCUUCUUCUACCCCAAUUCUUCAUUGGGUUUUGUAAAUUCUUCACAAACCAUUAAUAAGAUAAAAGCGAUUAUUCCAUGUC